AUGUGGCCAAGGGGCCCCUUCAUGAACUGGGGCCCCGUCCUCUCACUCGGGCUGCUCCCCAGCAGCGAUACCUGUGUAAAUCAGCGGCGGCGAAACCAUGGACAACAGCGCCACAGCGGCAGCUCUGUCGCCGUGCGGUCACUGCUGGUGGUGGUGAUGAUGAUGUGCCUACUCGAACCCAAGGCUUGGAUGCAGCUUGGCGGGGUCGAGGCGGCAACGCUGACUGGUCGACAGGCGCGCUGGCAGUCGCAGAAUUCCUUGGGUGAAGAGUUGCUAAACGGAGGCCCAGGCCGACAACAACAACAACAACAACAACAACGAGGCGGGCCCUGGUUUGCACGACAAUUGAUGACGCAAUUUGAAGACGCGUUCCCGUGCCAGGACCUCUGCAACAAGGAAUGUGGACAGAGUCCUUGGGAGCUGCUGGGGAUCACGAGGACCGUCCGCAUCUUUGCCUCCAACACAUUUUGCGUGCAGCUUCGGAGACGCGGCUGUGAGGCUAGCAGCUGCUGCGACCUGCUCUCCAGCGGCAUUGACGCGCUCUCCAUCAGCGUGGCGGCCACCGGCAGGUGCAACGUGUCCAGCAUUUUGAGGGUGUUUGUGGGGGGUAGACAGGUACGGCCGGUCGUGGACUAUCCGCUUCAGUACACUGAUGGCAGCCCAUCUGAUGUGGGUCUGUCCAUUAUUGAUAUGACCUCAUUGGGGAUCGAUCUGGAGAACCUUGAGGUCUGCUACGAGGUCCGCAAGGGCUGUGCGGAGUGGGCGGACUUUUGCCGUGCGGGUUUGCCCGGCUCAAACGCGGGUUGUCGCUUCUCUGUGAAUGAGGCGGAUGCGGCGGCCCCCCUCACCAACACCACCCAGCCCUCCAAGCCCACGCCCUAUGCGGGUCCGGCCGUCGCCGCCGCCCCCCAAACCCCGCCCUCCACCCCCAAGCCCUCGUCCGCCACUACCCCCAAGCCCCAGCCCCCCACGCCCUCCCAGCCCUAG